UACUGGCAGAAGGCUACCAUGGCCUUUUCUGCAACGGAUCUCUUAAUUGGAAAACUUGUGACAAUUCUUGAGAACGAAGGAACAACAAUAGCUGGUGUUCGUGAUGAAGUUGACAAGAUUAAGCUGGAGCUUCUAAGCAUGAAAGCUUUCCUGGAGGAUGCAGAGGCCAACAAAGCAAAAACUGAAGGAGAGAAAUUGUGGGUUGCAAGCAUCAGAGACUUAGCCUAUGGUGUUGAAGAUAUAAUUGAUGAAUUCAUGUAUCACAUGUAUGAGAAGCAAAGUGGGAGAAGAGUACUAUCAAGGAGGCUACACAUGACCAUUUGCAUUCCAAAAACUCUUUGGUUUAGACGGAAAACUACACAGAGGUUAAAAAAAAUCACUGAAAAGAUCAAAGACAUUUCUGAGAGGAAUCAAAGGUACGAUGUUGGCCAUGUAGGAGGAACAAGUACUUCUGAAGAUAUUCACAAAUGGGUGCAGAACCAAGCCGACUCUUCUUUUUUCAUUAUGGAAGAGGAACUGGUUGGGAUUGAAGGCCAGAAGCAAAUACUAGUGGGGUGGUUGAUGGAUGAAGUGCAACACCAAACUGUUAUCUCUGUGGUUGGGAUGGGAGGUUCUGGAAAGACAACUCUGGUUGCCAAGACCUUCACCAACGAAAGGGUAAAGAGACAUUUCGAUUGUUGUGCGUGGAUUACCGUCUCCCAAACUUAUGCUGUGGUAGACUUGCUUCGAAGCUUGAUUAUGGAACUCCACAAAUCAAGAAAGGAAGGUUUCCCUGAAAAUUUGAAUGCGAUGAGCCACAGAGAAUUGCUAGAGUUACUGACGAACUACUUGGGGUCUAAAAAGUACCUUGUUGUUCUAGAUGACGUGUGGGAGAUAAGAGUUUGGAGAGAAAUAAAGGUAUCACUUCAAGAUAGACAACUUGGAAGUCGAAUAGUCCUGACAACUCGAAAUGAAGAAGUAGCAUCCAACUCUUUUGGAGUUGAAAACUAUGUUCACCAUAUUCGGCCCCUGCAAAAUAAUGAGGCUUGGGAGCUCUUCAGCAAGAAAGCAUUCUCAACUAAUCAGCACAAAACUUGUCCACCUGAUCUUGUGCCAUUAGCUCAGAAACUCGCGGAAAAGUGUGAAGGCCUUCCUUUGGCUGUCGUAGCUUUAGGUGGUCUUAUGUCUUCCAAGAAGUCCGUGGAUCAAUGGCAACAAGUCUGCAACAGCUUAAACUGGCAUCUAGAUAACAAUUCAUUGCUAGACCCUGUGAAAAACAUCUUGUUGCUGAGUUUCAAUGAUUUGCCAUCUCAAUUGAAACAUUGCUUCCUCUAUUGCUCUCUUUUCCCAGAAGAUUUUUCAGUUAAGAGAAAACGGCUUAUUAGAUUGUGGAUAGCUGAAGGAUUUGUUGAAAAUGUGAAAGGUGUCACACCCGAACAGGUUGCAGAUGGCUAUCUUUGGCAACUCUGCUUCCGUAGCAUGUUAGAAGUUGUUAAAAGAAAUGGAACAGGAAGGCCAAAAAAAGUUAAGAUGCAUGAUCUGAUGCGAGAGCUUGCUUUGUCGACAUCCGAGAAAGAAAAGUUUGGACUUGUAUACGAGGGGAGAGAAGUAAUGGAAGACAUCUCAAGCCGUCGCUUGUCAAUUCACAAAAUGGAAGGAGAAAUUAAACCAUGCCCGGGUAUGUCAAACAUUCGUUCUCUUCUUGUCUUUGCCACUGACAUGUCCUCAUUGACUUUCUCAAAUACACUGGUUUCUCAUUUCAAAUUGUUGAGGACUCUAGACUUGGAGCAUGUCCAAAUUGAUAAACUGCCAGGUGCAGUUGUUUACUUGUUCAACUUGAGAUACUUAAAUCUGAUGGGCACUUUAAUCGAGAAACUUCCAGAGUCCAUAGGGCGUCUCCGCAACCUUCAAUUUCUAAACCUGAGGCGUACUAAGAUAGAGUCACUUCCGCAAGGAAUUGCAAAGUUGCUAAACCUGCGCCAUCUAAUUAUGUUUCGCUACAGUGGAAAGUAUCUGGACUUCAGACUUGUAAGGGGGACAAGAGCGCCACCAAAUAUUUGUAAGUUGCAGAAAUUGCAAUGUUUAUCAAUUAUUGAAUCAGAAGGGGACACUAUUAGACUUAUCGGCAACAUGACUCAACUUAGGAGCAUCGGCAUCUCGAAUGUGAAAGAAAGAGAUGAGAUUGACCUUUGGGUCUCAAUUAAGAAGUUGACUCCGCUGCAAUCUAUGGUUUUAAUAGCAAGUGAUGAAGAGGAAAUUCUUCCGGUGAAAGCACAAUGUCCAGCUCUUCCGCACCUUCAAACGCUUUUUUUGUUUGGCAGACUACAAAACGUAAUACCUUGGUUUUCUUCACUGCAUAGCCUCACAGCUCUGGUUCUACGUUGGUCUAGACUUGAAGACGAUUUACUGCCUCAAAUUGAAGCACUGCCCAAUCUGACAACGCUCUCUCUUUGUAAUGCAUAUGUUGGGGAAGAGUUGUGUUUCAGCAGAGGAUUUGUAAAGCUGGAGAGGUUGCAGUUGUUGAAAUUUGCCUCGGUGAAAAAGAUAACUAUAGAAAAAGGGGUGAUGCCAAAUCUCCAGAUCUUAAGGGUUGACCACUGCAUGGAACUGCAGGCAGUGCCACAGGGCCUUGAAUACCUUUCUAAUCUACAAUCUUUGGGCCUGGCAGAUGUUCCCAUUGAAGUUAUACAGCCCAUUCGGAAAGGAGGUGAGGAUCGCUUUAAGGUACAACACAUUCCUGAGAUUAUACAUGUUUUCGAACAAUCAUCCAACUUGGUCUUCGAAAACUUAGCCUAGCCCUAGCAUCUGCAUUUC